AUGUCAUCUAUCCACAAUACCGAUUUGUCAACAAAAAUAGCAUGGGCGAACAUAAUAAGAAUAUAUAUAAACAUUCUAGACGUUCGCCCCUCAAAUGACCACGUGUUUCACCCAAGAGCAUUAAUGUCGCCUAACAGGAACG